AUGGCUGGUGAGGACAGUUUUAUAGUGUUGGUUCACCACAGAGGAUCGAUUAAGAGGAAAACUCGUUUCGGUGUCAAGUUCACCGAUAAGGAUCCUCUCUAUAUUAUCGUGAGUUCUACGACGAGCUAUGAUGACCUUGCUAGGUCUGUACUGCUGAAACUUGGUCUGAAUAGUGUGAAAAGGGUUAAGAAGUUUUUAUAUCGCAUUCCAAUCACGGUACUCCAAGAUAGCGUGAAGUAUGAUUGUUUCAUGAUUGGGAGUGACAAGGACUUGCAGGUCAUGUUUCUUUGUCGCCGACAGUUUCCCGAAGUGAGGACACCGGAGCUGUUGGCAAAGCUGGUUGAUGUGGUGUCCAGCUCGGGGGGUUCGAACCGGAAUACCAACACUUUAGCGACGGCUGCUGGUUCUAGCUCAAGACCUACCGUUGCAUCUUCCUCAGUCCUUGCAUACGAGCCACCCGCCCCGCAUGUCGCCUCCCCUUCGUUCGCUGUUGAUCUCAACGGUAGUGUUGGCGACGAGGUUGGAACAGCGAAACUUCUACCUACCUUUGUACAAUGUGCUGCACCGGCUGGGACUGUAGAUGGAUUGUUUGAUGAUCUAGAGGAUGAUGAUGUCGAGCCGGAUAUGAUUGCUGAUGACAGUGGCGAUGACAUUGGAGCGAGUGAGCUUGCCGGUGCGGGUGGUGGUUCUAGCUCUGGCACACAACAGUACCUUCCACAUUUUUCAUCUUUGGACCUGGAUGCCAUGAGGCAGGCGGAGGAUAAGAAGGAUGCCCUGUUAAGUGUGAAGACUUAUAGCAUCCGCCGAGGUGUACAGUACAAGGUAGUGGAGUCUGAUUAUCGCCGUUAUGUUGGCAAGUGUUCUGAGUUCGGGAAUGUGUGCACAUGGUUGAUUCGGCUGAGUCUCCGGCAGCGUAAGGGCAUUUGGGAGGUCAAACGGUACAAUGGAUCGCAUACUUGUCUGGCCAGCUCUAUCUCCAGCGAUCACAGGAGUUUGGAUUAUCAUAUGAUAUCGACAUUCAUUAUGCCAAUGGUUAGAGUCGAUGCAUCCGCCAGCAUCAAGGUGCUCCUAAAUGCAACUGCCUCACACUAUGGGUUUAGGCCUACCUACAGGAGGGUCUGGAUGGCGAAGCAGAAGGCUGUUGCCCUCAUUUAUGGUGACUGGGAUGAGUCUUACAACGAGCUCCCAAGGUGGGUGUUAGGAGUGCAGGUGACCAUGUCUGGUUCUAUUGCAGUUCUUCGGACUAGCACUGUUCGAGUUGGGGGACAGCUGGACGAAUCUCAGGACGGGAACUCCAACAUACUCCCUGUUGCAUUCGCACUAGUCGAGGGUGAGAAUGCUGAGUCGUGGUCAUUCUUUCUCUCCCACCUCCGCCAGCACGUUACACCACAGCCGAGUCUGCUCGUUAUUUCUAACAGGCAUAAUGGCAUCAAGGCCGAGCUUGAGGCUCCCGACGGGGGCUGGCUACCUCCGGCUGCGUACCGGGCUUUCUGCAUUAGACACGUAGCAACAAAUUUUGCCCUAACCUUCAAGGGUAAAGACGCAAGGAGGCUUCUCGUGAACGCUGCCUAUGCUAAUACCGAGGUUGAGUUCGAUUACUGGUUUGAUAUUCUUCGAUUUCUGAGUGUGUGA